GAGUUUUGCUGCCCUCUUCUUGUCACGCCGCCGCCACUCGGGGUUGGGGCGUUUUUGCGCGCUGCCGCUGCCCUUCUCCGCUUCCUCCUCCUCCUGCCGCUGCUGCUGCUGCUUUCGAUGUUUUGAGGCAGAAGAGAGGGGAGCGGUGGCGGCCGCUGGACCUUCUCCCCUUUCCUCUCUCUCUCUGUCUCUCUCCCUCUCCCUCUCCCUCUCCCUCUUGUAUCAUCUUGGCUUGGCCCCCGGCUUGGGGGUGGGGUGGGGUGGGGGAGCGCCUUCUCCGCCAUGGCCACCAGCACCACAGGCUCCACGCUGCUGCAGCCUCUCAGCAACGCCAUUCGGCUACCCAUAGACCAGGUCAACUUUGUAGUGUGCCAACUGUUUGCCUUGCUGGCUGCUAUGUGGUUUCGAACUUACCUUCAUUCAAGCAAAACUAGUCCGUUCAUAAGGCAUGUUGUUGCCACACUAUUGGGCCUUUAUCUUGCACUUUUUUGUUUUGGAUGGUAUGCCUUACAUUUUGUUAUACAAAGUGGAAUUUCAUACUAUAUCAUGAUCAUUAUAGGAGUGGAAAAUAUGCACAAAUAUUGUUUUGUUUUUGCUUUGGGAUACCUCACUGUGUGCCAAAUUUCUAGAGUUUAUAUAUUUGACUAUGGACAAUAUUCUGCUGAUUUUUCAGGCCCAAUGAUGAUAAUUACUCAGAAAAUUACAAGUUUGGCGUAUGAAAUUCAUGAUGGAAUGUUCCGAAAGGAGGAAGAACUGUCGCCAUCACAGCAAUGCUUAGCCGUGAGACGCAUGCCAAGUCUACUGGAAUAUUUAAGUUACAACUGUAAUUUCAUGGGUAUCCUGGCAGGCCCAUUAUGCUCUUAUAAAGACUAUAUUACUUUCAUUGAAGGCAGAUCAUAUCAACUGACACAGUCGGAAGCAAAUGGGAAAGAAGAAAUAAAAUAUGAACAAACAGACCCCUCCCCAAAUAUAGCUGUGGCGCAGAAACUUGUAGUGUGUGGACUAUCCUUAUUAUUUCAUAUGACUGUUAGCAAAACUUUCCCUGUAGAAUACAACAUUGAUGACCAAUUCAGAGCAACAGCAUCUUUUCCUACAAAGAUUAUCUACCUAUACCUGUCACUAAUGGCUGCCAGGCCGAAGUAUUAUUUUGCAUGGACUUUGGCAGAGGCAAUUAAUAAUGCAGCUGGAUUUGGCUUUAGAGGUUACGAUAAAAAUGGAGUCCCACACUGGGAUUUGAUUUCAAAUCUACGAAUUCUGCAUAUAGAGUUUUCAACAAGUUUCAAGAUGUUUCUUGAUAACUGGAAUAUACAGACAGCACUUUGGCUCAAAAGGGUAUGCUAUGAACGAGCCUCUUUCAGUCCAACAAUACAAACUUUUAUCUUAUCAGCCAUUUGGCAUGGGGUAUAUCCUGGAUAUUAUUUAACCUUCUUAACAGGGGUACUAAUGACACUUGCAGCACGAACAAUUAGAAAGAACAUUAGAAAUUAUUUUCUUGAUUCUCCAGCCAUUAAAUUAUGUUAUGAUAUCAUGACAUGGAUCACAACUCAAAUAGCAAUAAGUUACACAGUUGUGCCAUUUGUACUUCUCUCUAUAAAACCCUCCUACACAUUUUACAGUUCCUGGUAUUUCUCCCUUCAUAUUGCCUGCAUUUUAGUGCUGAUGUUUCCAAUGACAAGAACUCAAAAAGGGAAUAAUGAGCAAGAAAGCAUCCAGCCUUCAUGGUUCAAACAGCAAGAAGAAGGAAAAGAAAAAAGAAUUAUGGGACAUAAUAGUUAUUCUGUGGCAAAUAGCUUCAAUCAAAGAAGAGACAUCACAUCUAGAAAUACAGCAACAAAACAAUGAUUACAGAUGCUAUAGAUGCUAUAUUUUAUAUUUUCAAGACCAUUUAUAGCACCUUUUAAAAGGGGUUUGUAUUUGUCUGAAAAGAUGGUUAGAAAAGAAUGCUAUAUCUCUAGGGAAUAUACCAGUAAGAUGAAAGCAAAGCUAAUUAACCACACCUAUGGAUCAUGCCUUAUAUGGAAAUAUUACAAUUAUUUCAGUGGGCACUCAGGACCAACAGCAUAUGUCAUCGGCGUGCCCCUAUGCUGAAUGUACAUUGUAAAUCCCUAGGCACUAUGGGGGUGGGAAACCAUUGUGUCAAUCUGGAAUACCAGAAGGAAAAAAUCUUGCAUUGCCUUAAACCCUCCAUCUACUGAAAAGUAAUGUUUCUAAAUAGUAUUUUCAUGUUUAGUAUAAUAUAUUUAAAGUAUAAUUCAAAAAUAAGCUUUGGGUUCUGAGGGACAAAACAAGAAAUGGAAGCAGAAAACCCCGCUGCCUGAAGUCAAAAGAAGAAGGAACUGCAAUAAGCACCUCACUAUCUGGUGGGUUUUCGUAGUAUAUCAGGUUUAUACAGUAGAGAAUGGAAAGCACUGCUAAUGCUAAAUUAUAGUUGGUUUCUCUGAUUAAAAACAGUGGUGAAAGGAAAGCGCUCUGAAAACUUUUUUUAAAAAUAUGAAAAGUCACCCUUUCUAGAGCCAAAUGUUUUAAUUUAAUUUUGCUCUUUAGGAUGAGUAAGCUUUGCAGCAACCUUCACAAAAUGUGCACGGAAUUCCUAUUAAAGCUGCAACUUUCCAAUAACAAUUCUCCUUCUAAUCCUAUAGAAAUCAUUUCACGGGGGGCACUAGUAAAGAUGGGUCAGAUAUAGAAUUAGUGUGAAAAGGUGCUUAAGAUGGCCACUUAUGGUUAUAAUUCAGUUUAUAUUAAACAAAAAGUGAAAUUGUUAAAUUGGUACUGUCUAGUUGAACGCCAUAAACUCUGUAACACCAGAGUACCUGAGAUUUAGAAGAAAAUUAAAGUGGGAUGUAAUAUAUGGGGACCAUAGUGUAAUAUUUGAUAAAACUUUCCCAACCAAUUCUUUUGUUUCAUAAUUUUACCUUGAAAAUAUGUCACGGGAAUUGAUAAAUUAUUAAUUGCUUUCUGUUGAAAAUUUACAAUUGGUAAAGAAAUGAUGUGCUAAAGGGCUAUAACUUUCAUUUGCUUGCUUGUCUAUCUGUUAGAUUUUUUUUACUGAAUGGAAAAGAUGUUAUCUUUAAAAUACACAGAAAAUGACUCACGGUAAGAAAUGAAAAAUGGCAUUUUGUUAUUAUUAAAAUAAGCUGAUUUUUCAUUCCUA